CGCUCUGCGCUCCUCCGCCCUCGCGCCCGCGUCUCGCGCCCUCCCGCUCCCUCCCGCCUGUGCCGCCGCCGCGGCCGCGGGAGAAGCAACUUCGCGAGCGCCCGCGACCGGCCGGACCCCGGCGCCGCGGCCGUCCAGCGCCGAGAGGCCCAAGGCCAUGGACACGCUGGCUUGGCUGCUGACCCUGCUCGUCCUGCUCUGCGCGCAGCAGCAUCGCGGCACCAGAGCGAUGACUGACAUUGGGGACUACGUGGGCUCCAACCUGGAGAUAUCCUGGCUCCCCAACCUGGACGGCCUCGUGGAGGGCUACGCCCGCAACUUCCGGCCAGGCAUCGGAGGUCCGCCUGUGAACGUGGCACUUGCCAUUGAGGUGGCCAGCAUUGACCACAUCUCAGAGGUGAACAUGGAGUACACCAUGACGGUGUUUCUGCACCAGAGCUGGCGGGACAGCAGACUGUCCUACAACCACACCAACGAGACCCUGGGCCUGGACAGCCGCUUCGUGGACAAGCUCUGGCUUCCCGACACCUUCAUCGUGAACGCCAAGUCCGCCUGGUUCCACGACGUGACCGUGGAGAACAAGCUCAUCCGGCUGCAGCCAGACGGGGUGAUCCUGUACAGCAUUCGGAUCACCUCCACGGUGGCCUGUGACAUGGAUCUGGCCAAGUACCCCAUGGAUGAGCAGGAGUGCAUGCUGCACCUGGAGAGCUACGGCUACUCAUCCGAGGACAUCGUCUACUACUGGUCUGAAAACCAGGAGCAGAUCCACGGGCUAGACAAGCUGCAGCUGGCCCAGUUCACCAUCACCAGCUACCGCUUCACCACGGAGCUGAUGAACUUCAAACUGGCGGGCCAGUUCCCGCGGCUCAGCCUACACUUCCAUCUCCGGAGGAAUCGGGGCGUCUACAUCAUCCAGUCCUACAUGCCCUCCGUCCUCCUGGUUGCCAUGUCCUGGGUCUCCUUCUGGAUCAGUCAGGCAGCGGUGCCUGCCAGGGUGUCUCUAGGGAUCACCACCGUGCUGACAAUGACCACACUGAUGGUCAGUGCCCGCUCCUCCCUCCCACGGGCGUCGGCCAUCAAGGCGCUGGACGUGUACUUCUGGAUCUGCUAUGUGUUUGUGUUUGCCGCACUGGUGGAGUAUGCCUUCGCCCACUUUAAUGCCGACUACCGGAAGAAGCAAAAGGCCAAGGUCAAGGUCACAGAGCAGCGGGCGGAGGUGGACGUGAAGAAUGCCAUUGUCCUCUUCUCCCUCUCGGCUGCCGGUGUCUCCCAGGAGCUGGCAGUGUCCCGCCGGCCGUGUCGCGUGGCUGGGAACCUCAUGGGCUCCUACAGGUCGGUGGAGGUGGAGUCGGGGGACACAGAGAAGCAGGGGGCAGCGCGCUUGGGGGGCCAGGGAGGCCUCCGCGCACUCUUCAAGCCCAUUGAUGCGGACACCAUUGACAUCUAUGCCCGUGCCGUGUUCCCUGCGGCGUUUGCAGCUGUCAAUGUCAUCUACUGGGCAGCCUACGCCAUGUGAGGCCAGGCGUCCUGCUGCCCAAACAUCUGGGGACAAAGGCUCCUCGGAUUGACCUGUCCGCUCUGUGUGUUUCAAAGUGGGGACAACAAGGAGUCACAAAAAACAAGAGGAAAGCUGCAGCCACCCUGAGCCCCCGGGCUCUGUCCCCACCCUUGCCUGGACACCACCCAGGAGCCCUUCCACAUGUCCCUCCUGCGGAUGCCCGGCCUGGCUCCUCCUUCCCAGUGGCAGAGCCAGCCUGACCCUGAGGUGGAGCCAGGUGGGCGCAGGGCCCUUGGAGACUCGGCACUCAACUUGGAAAAGGAUCCUGGCACUCGGACUUUGCUCUGUGGGGUUGGACCAGGGAGCGGGAAGAGGCUGGGUGUGGACGAGCUCACUGCCUUGGUGAGA